AUGUCCCCCAAAACAGCCCUGCUCGUCAUCGACAUGCAAGUCUUCUUCGAGUCGAUGACGCCGCGGGCGCUGCCCAACAUCCUCUGCCUCUGCAAGCACUUCUCGCAGAGUCAGACACCCAUCAUUUUCACGCAGCAUGGCCACUCGCAGGACGAACUGACCACCGACCCGUCCCCCAGCCAGCUCGUGCGGAAAUGGGGCCCAGCAGACUCGAUCGCCGCGGGAUCCGACGGCUGGAAACUCAUUGACGAGCUGCACCCGUUCCUCCCCAGCGCUUACACGGGAAAAACAUCCUCUUCGGCCACUGUCGUUCCUCUGGGCCAGUCGCUCCCGGCCGCUACGAGCGUAGAAUUCCCCAAGGUGGUGUCGAAAAACACCUAUGAUGGCUUUCUCAACACCAGCCUAGCCGCCGUGCUCGAGGUAGCCGAGAUCGAGCGCGUCGUCGUCUGCGGCGUCAUGACCGACUGCUGCGUUGACACCACGGCACGGAGCGCCUUCAAUCGCGGCUACGAGACCUGGCUGGUCAAGGACGCUUCGUCGAGUGCAAAUCGCGCCCAGCACGAGGCGGGAUUGCGUGGGUUCUCGUUUGCGUUCGGCGAGGUGCUUUCUACGGACGAGGUGCUUGCUCGGCUGUGA